ACUCGAUCGUGCUAGCUGAUGAUUCUAAAUUAUUUUUUUUUUUAAGAGACGAUUCUAAAUUUCUAAUUAUUGGCUUUUUCUAGUAUUCUUUCAACUCACGGCUCUUUUGAAGGAAAUUUCUCUCCCUCCCCUGUUUCGGAUUCCAUCGGAAUCUUCAAAUGGCUUCGCCGAUGUGUUGCUUCUGCUUCUCGAUCGAGAAAGAUGAUCGGAAGAAGAGAACGAUUGACAGCAACAGGGACGCGGACUGGGAGACGAACGACGAGAUGUUAUCGGAUUUGAGCACGUUCUCGGUGAGGGAGCAAGAGCGGAGGUUGAAGAUGGCGUUGAAGGAGGAGGAAAGGAUCAGUAAAGAGGCGGAGAAGGUAGUGAAGUGGGUGAAGCAAGAAUCAACUCGAAUGGAUGCAUCUGCGAUUGGAAAAAUUGUCGGUGAACAUGAUGACGAUGAUGCGCCGGCAAUCAAAUCAGUAAAGAGGACUUGAUGUGCUUUAAAAUUCUGUCUGUCUAUAUCUUGAAUUAAUUUGGGGGCAAAAUCAGAUAUAAAUUCUACCCAAUUUUAUUGUAAUUUCAGUUCUGCUUCAAUUCUUACAAAAUUCAAGUUUAUCCGACACUUGUACAUAUGAUAUUUUUUUUUUUUUUUUUAAGUUGUAGUAAUUCAUGCGUUCUGUACAAUUUAGGUGCUUAUGUGAUUAAUUGUGUGAAAAUUUAGGAAAACAUAGGAAACGAUCACAGGAAACGAUCAUAUCAUUUGAAUAAAGUUGUUAGAAAUUA